AAGCAGGGGCGGACUGACCAUUUGGAAACUCGGGCAUUGACCGAGGGCCCGGGGUCAGUAGGGGGCCCCAUGAGAUGCCCUUGGUACCUUUUUCAUAGGCUUUUUUUAGUUUGGGCAAGGACACAGGGGCCCCAUGAUCCCCUAUUGCCCAGGGGCCCCAUGAGUUGUCAGUCCGCCCCUGGCAGGAAGUAGUAUGCAGGUUUUUUUGGGUGUUGGCGAGGACACAGGGGCCCCAUAAUCCCCUAUUACCUGGGGG